GUAUUAAGAUUCAUCAUCAUCAUCAUCCCCAUUUCACCUUCCUCUCUCUCUCUCUCUCUCUCUCUCUCUCUUUCUCUCUGUUAAUCUCCCACAGACCCAUCUUUUAUCACCGCUUUUGAUUAUCUUUUCAUGGCUUCAUGUUCUAUGGUGGUCAUCUUUUAAGGGCUUCACCUCUGUUGCGAGCUCUCUGUUUCUGUUUGAAGAGCGCAUAAGGCAUUGCCUUAGUGGAUUUAAGGCUUUGAGGGGUUAUCUUUAGUCUCUGGUUCCCUUUUCAUGGUCUUUGAUUUGGUUGUACCCUAAAUCGUCUUGGACGGAUAAUGAGUUAAGGCCCGAGGGGGAAGUAGUGUAUGCGCGCUAUUUGGUGAAGGUGCAUUAAGUGGAGAGAAGCUAAAUAGGCAUAAUCCAAGGAGAGAGCAAGCAUGCCUAUGGGGCAGAUGAAGGAGAGCUCAGAGCAGCACUUUGUGAUCAAAAUCCACCUGCAGAAGCCACCCAAAACCGCACAGAAUGGAAAAGGGCCACCGCCCCAAGAACAGCCGCCGCAGGGUGCCAAGCUCCACGCCCAGACUACUUCACCUCCCUCGAAGAACAGAGGAAGGAGAAGGGGAAGGGGCGGCAGAAAAUCAGAAUCGGACCAAGGGGAUGUGUUUAUGCCGCCGAGCUCGAGGCCCUGUACGCUGGGGCCGCCGGCCAGGGCAACUCUUGUAGCAGAAGCAGCUGAUGCUCCAAAUGGCGGUAGCAACUUGUGUGAAAUGGAGAUGGGCUUUCCUUCUUCCAGCAAGUCUCGAAAUUUUGCGCAGAGGCCUGGGUAUGGUCAAGUUGGGACAAGGUGCGUUGUGAAGGCCAACCAUUUCUUUGCCCAGUUACCAGACAAGGACUUGAAUCACUAUGAUGUUACCAUUACCCCCGAAGUGACAUCAAGAACCGUGAACAGGGCUAUCAUGGCGGAGCUGGUGAGAUUGUACAGAGGUUCUGACUUGGGUAUGAGAUUGCCCGCUUAUGAUGGUAGAAAGAGUCUGUACACAGCUGGUGAGCUUCCCUUUGUUCGGAAGGAAUUCAAAAUUAAACUCGUAGAUGAAGAGGACGGAAUCAAUGGACCCAAGAGAGAGAGGGAAUAUAAAGUGGCAAUCAAGUUUGUUGCACGUGCAAAUUUGCAUCAUUUGGGUCAGUUCCUAGCUGGUAAGCGUGCUGAUGCUCCACAGGAAACUCUUCAAGUUCUCGACAUUGUAUUAAGAGAGCUUUCUACCAGGAGGUACUGCCCUGUUGGGAGGUCCUUCUUCUCUCCUGAUAUUAGAAUGCCUCAAAGGCUUGGCGAUGGUGUGGAGUCAUGGUGUGGCUUCUACCAGAGUAUAAGGCCUACUCAGAUGGGCUUGUCUCUCAAUAUUGAUAUGUCUUCAGCAGCAUUUAUUGAGCCUCUCCCUGUGAUAGAGUUUGUUGCCCAGCUUUUAGGAAAAGAUGUGUUAUCAAGGCCACUGUCUGAUUCAGAUCGCAUAAAGAUAAAAAAGGCACUCAGAGGAGUAAAAGUUGAAGUAACACACCGAGGAAAUGUACGAAGAAAGUAUCGUGUUUCAGGAUUAACAUCUCAACCUACAAGGGAACUAGUGUUUCCUGUUGAUGACAACUGCACUAUGAAGUCAGUUGUUGAAUACUUUCAAGAGAUGUAUGGCUUCACCAUCCAACAAUCACAUCUCCCUUGCCUUCAAGUAGGGAACCAGAAGAAGGCAAACUAUUUGCCCAUGGAGGCCUGUAAAAUUGUCGAGGGACAAAGGUAUACAAAGAGGUUGAAUGAGAAGCAAAUUACUGCUCUUUUAAAAGUUACAUGUCAGAGACCAAGGGAUCGAGAAAAUGAAAUUUUGCAGACGGUUCAACAUAAUGAUUAUGGUCAUGACCCAUAUGCUAAAGAGUUUGGGAUGAAAAUUAGUGAGAAGCUAGCUUCUGUUGAAGCUCGGAUUCUUCCUGCCCCUUGGCUUAAGUAUCAUGAAACUGGGAAGGAGAAAGAUUGUUUGCCUCAAGUUGGCCAAUGGAAUAUGAUGAAUAAGAAAAUGAUUAAUGGCAUGACUGUUAGCCGGUGGGCAUGUAUCAACUUCUCACGGAGUGUGCAAGAGAGUGUUGCUCGUGGAUUUUGUAGUGAACUAGCUCAAAUGUGUCAAGUAUCUGGCAUGGAAUUUAAUCCAGAACCUGUUAUCCCAAUUUACACUGCAAGACCUGAGCAAGUAGAGAAGGCUUUGAAGCAUAUCUACCAUUCGUCUAUGAACAAACUCAAGGGCAGAGAACUAGAGCUUCUGCUAGCAAUUUUACCUGACAACAAUGGGUCACUUUAUGGUGAUAUCAAGCGAAUUUGUGAAACUGAUCUUGGUUUAAUAUCACAAUGCUGUCUCACAAAACACGUGUUCAAGAUUAGCAAGCAGUACCUGGCUAAUGUUUCCUUGAAGAUCAACGUUAAGAUGGGUGGCAGGAACACUGUUCUUUUGGAUGCUAUCAGUUGCAGAAUACCUUUAGUUAGUGACAUACCGACCAUAAUAUUUGGGGCAGAUGUGACCCACCCGGAGAAUGGGGAAGACUCCAGCCCCUCAAUAGCUGCUGUAGUUGCUUCUCAAGACUGGCCUGAAGUUACAAAAUAUGCAGGAUUAGUUUGUGCUCAGGCCCACAGGCAGGAACUCAUACAAGACUUGUACAAAACGUGGCAGGAUCCUGUUCGUGGCACUGUUAGUGGUGGCAUGAUCCGGGAUCUUUUGGUUUCGUUCCGGAAAGCGACAGGCCAAAAGCCAUUGAGGAUAAUAUUCUACAGGGAUGGUGUGAGUGAAGGGCAAUUUUAUCAAGUCCUACUUUACGAGUUAGAUGCAAUUCGGAAGGCUUGUGCUUCCUUGGAACCAAACUAUCAACCACCAGUAACUUUUAUUGUGGUACAAAAGCGACACCACACCCGUCUGUUUGCUAACAACCACAGGGACAGGAGCAGCACUGACAAGAGUGGCAACAUUUUGCCCGGAACUGUUGUUGAUUCUAAAAUUUGUCAUCCAACAGAAUUUGAUUUUUAUCUCUGUAGCCAUGCUGGCAUUCAGGGAACAAGUAGGCCUGCUCAUUACCAUGUGCUAUGGGAUGAGAACAAUUUUACAGCAGAUGGAAUUCAAUUGUUGACAAAUAACCUGUGUUAUACAUAUGCAAGGUGCACACGCUCCGUAUCUGUUGUUCCCCCGGCAUAUUAUGCACAUUUAGCUGCAUUUCGAGCUCGGUUUUACAUGGAACCAGAGAUGCAAGAGAAUGGUUCGGCAAGUGGCAAGGGUAGUAUGCGAGCAGCAGGAGGGUCUGGUGUCCGGCCAUUGCCUGCUCUCAAGGAGAAUGUGAAGAGAGUAAUGUUCUAUUGUUAGGAGAGUAGGGUAGUGAGUAGAGAAGUAAAAAAAAAAAAAGAAAAGGGGGGGGGGGGUGUUGAGGUGUGGGGGUAAUUGGGGAUGCCCCACCGUCUGUACCCCUCAUCCUCUCUGAAAUUCCCCUUUUAAUGUAUGAUAAUUCAAGCAAGCAUGGUAGGUUGGUAAGUCUUGAAUUUAUAUCAAUGGUUAUAUAGUGCAAGAGCCCUUUAUCCUUUCUAAACAUGGCAACAUGGAUUGCUCCACCUCCCAUUUGCUGCAUGCAACAUAACAGACUAUGUCAUCUAGGCUACCAACCCCAGCAAGGACUUGUUUGCCUGUUUUGAAUCCAGAACGCUUUCACAUGGGAAAAAAAACUGAAAUCCAGUUAAGGAA